GUCUGAAGUCACUGAAUUGAAUCCGCCAUUUGAUCGUUCCAGGUGUUCGCCUUCAAUAGGCUUUGAGGUCAAAAUCCACCCACAAUCGUCUGCAUUCGCAAGUCUGACAAGCUUUAUGGCCCAACAACAUGAUGCCACCACUCUUCUUCAGCAUGCGAGUGGGGCCUGGGAUUUGAGACUGAUAUCCAUAAUUUCCACUUUAACCCCUCCCCCAACACAGAGCUGAAAGUUUGUGCCACUGCACUGGUGCAGACCGCAUUGACCACUUCACUGCAGAGCUUGAUGCGAUGCUCCAGAUACUUCAAAGCCCCACAGCUAAUGACACGGGCCAGCUAAACUCUCUGCUCGCGACGUUGCAGUUGGCUUUGAGCUGCAAGGAGCUCCGCGCCUCGUGCCCCUUCUCGGACCCCGACUCAUUCGUGUGGCAAGCGACAGUUCAAACCCUGGCCCCCGGGGCGGCUUGCAGCCGCCUCUUUUGGCGAGCAAACCGACAGAAGCUAGGCAGCUUUCUAAGUAUUCUCCAUGAGGCACAACCUGCUGCAGCUCAAAAGGCCAAGGAAAGCUGGCUCGACUGCUUGAAAAGUGUCCUUUUGCUCGAAGGCAGCGCUUGGAAACCUCUGCCGCUUGUGGAUGGUUCGGCGGCGCCUUCGGAUUGGACACUUAAGGAUGACGUCAGAGAGGCUACUUUCUACGAGAUCGAGUUCUGCUGCGCCAUUCUCGUCGCCGCUGAGCUUCGUAUUCCGUUCCGUUCGUCCCGAGCCCAUCUCCCGACCGGAAACGGAACGGCACAACUGCCCGGCACAGCCUCCCGGGCCAGUUCACCCGCUGAGGAGAGCGGGAAGCCGACCGCGCAAGGGGCUGACCGCCAGGAGUUGGUUGACGUCAUUGCCUGGGCAUACUCCCUGGCGCAUGCGGUCUCAGCACACCAGCUCGAGGGCCAACAGCGCCUGGAGGCGAUGUUCGUUCACGUAAUGGACGUAUACGUCAUCCCCGGUUUGGUCCUCCUGCUGGCCCAGAGGGAACCCCCUGCCAACCGUGCUGCGGCUGAAGCGAUCCUCCACAGCGUGCGGGCGCGCGCGUGCGCACUGGGCUGCGCGCUCUCUGCGGUGUUUUCCUACCUGGACGUUGGGGGCGGUUCUGCCGCGUUUAGCUCGUGGGCACAACCAGGCCUCAAGCCCCACUCAGGGCUCUUUCCCCUCUUCGCCGCUCUCCUAGUCGAACGAUUCCCGGGCUCAGUACUUGCACGGGGAGUCUUUUCCGAUGCAAAACCUGCUGACGGUCUAUCCAGAUCGCUGGAAUGGGCAACCGGGGGAUCUGCCACCGCUCUAGUUGCCACAGUCUUGCAAGCUAUUUGCCGAGAACACUCCCACGAUUUUUCGGGCCGCCUCGCUUUGAGCAACACGCAACCACUGCUCGUAUUCUCCCAGUUGUUCAAACAAAAGGCGGACGCCGUACUCGGGGCGGCUGGCUGGCCCGGUACUUGCCCCGGAGUCCGGUCAAGCAGCGGCGGACCGGAUGGCAGCGGAACAGCCGGAACGGAAGACGGUUUGAGCAACGAACUUCUUCCCAUGGCGGCACACAUAAGGGUAUGGUCCGAUGAGACUCAAAGCUUCAAGACAGCGUCCCUGCCGGGCCUCUGCGUACACGAGAGCGCGUUUCUGCUCCGGACGCAGGAAGCGGUCCGUAUGUCCGUUCUGGCGUCCGAUUCCAGCCCGCGAAAGUCGAAAGACACCCACGAUUCACUUGGAAAAGUCAGAGGCUUCGACAUGCUCCAUAAGCUUACAGGUUCACUUCCCCUGCUUGGCUCGCGGCUCCGUGUUGCGGGCGUUUGCGACCUACUUCAUGCACCGGGCUUGCUCGGUUGACGACUCGGUUCCUUCUACCGGGGGCCCCGUUGUUCCAUUAGACUUUCUCGUAGGUAUGAAUCGGGGAGGAUUGGCCCCUCAUAGGCACUGGAAUCUUACAGACCCUCGCGCACCAUUCGCGUCGCUGGUAAGGGACACCGCAAUUGGGAGAAAGAAAGGUGAGAAGUGCAGUAGUUUAGAUGUGGUAGAGGAAGAAGAUAGGCAUGAGCAUCCGGAUGUUUUAGGCAUGGCUCUCAACUUUUUUGGGGUUGCGAAGAUGCUAAGAAAGGAUUCGCGGAUCCUUGGGACAGGUUUUGAGCGGCCGAGGGGAAGACAUAGCAGGCGCAGCUCGGAAAACGAGCCCGCUCUAGAGCUCUUGCUGGGUGUAGAUCGGACGAGUAGGCCGAACUCUAGAAGGACGUCACGCGCGGAUCGUUAGAUGAGUUAUAGCAGCCGCUGAUGGAUUGCCGCAUUAGCGUCCAUCCUCCGGUAUAAGUGCUGCACAGAGUCGUCAAAACGUAAAGAACCAUUUCACCGCGUCAAUUGGUUUUCGAUACCAGAAUAGAUGGAGGUGCACACUGCAGGACUGAUAGACAAGACCGCUUUUUUGUUUGCGAGCGCAGCCACAAGGAAUGUUACUGCAGGAGAUAUGCGAGGAAUCCGGUCUAAGAAACAGGCCGGACUUGAUACUCAAGCUAGCUAGUGCCGGGACUUUGGUCUGAUUGUACAAAACAUUUAUGUUCACACCGUGAAAAUCAAGCGGAUCGUUUGAUUGCCGGCGA